UCGGCCGGCCCCUGCGCCGGGGCUGGAGCGGGGCAGCCGCCCGCGGAGACGCCGAGGGACCGGCCAGGGGACAGCGAGGAGCCGCCCGCCGGGACACGGGGACACGGGCGGGCGGGCAGAGAGAGCGGCACGGCGGGGAGGGGACGGCGGGGCACACGGAGCGGGGCACACGGAGAGCAGCCGUGGAGCACUGAGAACCGGGGAGGCGCGGAGAGAGCGGCGGGGACAGCCGGCUACCGCACAGGAACGCAUCGCUAGGAGCUCUGCCCGCUCUCUGCCCGCUCUCUGUCCUCACCCUGCCCCAGGCUCGAUGCGGGCCGGCGCUGGCCAUGGAGAAGCUGUACCUGGCGGGGAGCAGCACCUGGAUCAUCAACAGCUCCCUGGGGAACGGCAGCCUCCGGCUGGAGAACCUGAGCGCCGGCAGGAACAGCACCGCCGACCCCCUGAAGAGGAACGAGGACAUGGCCAAGGUGGAGGUGACGGUCCUGUGCCUCAUCCUGUUCCUCGCCCUGACCGGCAACCUGUGCGUGCUCCUGGCCAUCCACACCACCCGCCACAAGCACUCCCGCAUGUACUUCUUCAUGAAGCACCUGAGCAUCGCUGACCUGGUCGUGGCCAUCUUCCAGGUGCUGCCCCAGCUCAUCUGGGACAUCACCUUCAGGUUCUACGGGCCAGACUUCCUGUGCCGCUUGAUCAAGUACCUGCAGGUGGUGGGAAUGUUCGCCUCCACCUACAUGCUGCUGCUGAUGUCCCUGGACCGCUGCUUGGCCAUCUGUCAGCCGCUGAGGUCCCUGCACAGGAGGGCUGACCGGGUCUCUGUCCUCCUCACCUGGCUGCUGUGCCUGCUGGUCAGCAUCCCUCAGAUCCACAUAUUUUCUCUAAGGGAUGUGGGGAACGGGGUUUAUGACUGUUGGGCAGAUUUCAUCCAGCCCUGGGGACCGAAAGCCUACGUUACCUGGAUCACCCUCAUGGUCUAUAUCAUCCCUGUGUUGAUGCUGAGCAUCUGCUACGGCUUAAUCAGCUUCAAAAUCUGGCAGAACGUGAAGCUGAAGACGGCUCACGGGCCCAGCGUGGGUCUGGGCUCAGGCUCCCGCGGUGGGGUGGUGUUUGCCAGGGUCAGCAGCACCAGGCUCAUCUCGAAAGCCAAGAUCCGGACAGUCAAAAUGACCUUUAUCAUCGUGCUGGCCUUCAUCGUGUGCUGGACUCCCUUCUUCUUCGUGCAGAUGUGGUCUGUGUGGGACAGCAACGCCCCGCAGGAAGCGUCCCCGUUCAUCAUCGCCAUGCUCCUGGCCAGCCUCAACAGCUGCUGCAACCCCUGGAUCUACAUGCUCUACACCGGGCACCUCUUCCACGACCUGAUGCGCCGCUUCCUCUGCUGCUCCACGCGCUACCUGAAGUCGCGGCCGGCCUGCGAGCUGAGCAAGAGGAGCAACUCCUCGUCCUUCGUCCUCAGCUGCAGGGCCACGAGCCAGAGGAGCUUCGUGCAGCCGCCCACGACGUGAGGCCGCGGCCAGCCGGACCUUGUGCCUCUGCUGCGCUGCUCCGGUGCUUCCCUGGGGAGGCCGGGCCGGACAGAGGGGUCUGUACACAGGUGUAUAUAUGGUGUAAGCAUGUACAGAGGCCUUAUUUAACCGAGACGGGAGUGGGCGAGGAGUUCUGCGUCCAGCUUUCGGUGCUGCCUGGGAUUAGACAGCAGGAACCCGUUCCUGAGCCCCAAACCCUGACUUCGGUGGCUUGUGGAUGCCACCAGGAGGGACAAAGGACGCGGUGCAGCUGGGGCAGGUGCGAUGGAAGCACAGGGAGAUAGAUGGGUGGUGUCACCCCUGGUACGUGGCUGGGCACUGUCCCACUCUGCCUGCAGCAGGAUCCCGCUCCGCGCUGUCAGCACAGGAGCCCUCGCUUCACUUGCAGCCUGUGGGGCAGAGGCAGCCCCGUCUCUGCAGCCCUGCAGCUCUGCACCAUGCCAGGCCUGCAGCCCUGCACCAUGCCAGCCUGCACCAGGCCUGCCCUGCAGCUCUGAACCAUGCUAGCCUGUACCAUGCCAGCCCUGCAGCAUGCCAGCCCUGCUCCCCCUGCCUGGGGCACAGACAAGGGCAUUCCUGAUGUCAGCAGGGACCAGCCUCAAAGGGACAGUGCUGUGGCCUGGCUGUCCCCAGCCCAGCUCUGUGCCCUGUACCCAGUGAGGCUGGGCAGGAGCCUGGGGCACGGCUGGGGCCAGGAUGCGGGCAGUGACCCUGGCAGAGGGUGCCCAGCAGCUCCCGCUCGGGGCUGUGCAGGCUCUGGGCACUGACCCUGGCAGAGGGUGCCCAGCAGCUCCCGCUCGGGGCUGUGCGGGGUCUGGCAGACCCUGGCUGCCACAGGGACGCUCCUGCCGUGUCCCCGAGCCAGGCUCGGCCCUGGCUCACUGCAGGUCCCAACAAGCCUCUCACCGCUCCGUGCCAUUCGCUCGCUCCGUGGCACAGGGCACGCUCACGGCAUGGAUUUUUAUUGUAAACAAAUACUGUAAAUAAAGUUUUCUGACUGCGGCUGGUGGAAGGCGGGAGGGAGGUGCGAGGGGAGCUGGGCUGAGGGAUUGCAGGGGAUGGAUGGAAAGCACCGAGAGCCCGCAGCCAGCCGUGCCCGCAGCCAGCCGUGCCCGCAGCCAGCUGUGCCCGCAGCCAGCUGUGCCCUGCCCGCAGCAGGACCUGCCCCCAGCGGCACACAGCUGGCUGCGACACCGGCACUGCACGGGACACAGCCGGGGCUCUCAAAGGGCGAUG